GAGAAAUUUCUAAACCCAACAUUUAUAUUCAAUGUUUAGGUCUGUUAAGUUGUUAAUUCGUUGUUGUUGAACCGAGUUUUAAUCCAUGUCUUUACUUUCACUUCCCAACGAGCUUUUAGUUAAUCAUGUAUUUGCCCAUAGUGAUAUUAAGAUUUCUGACCUGUAUCACCUUAUGCAUUCGUGCAAUUUGUUGAGAAACAUCAUUUCCAAUACUAACCAGCUGUGGAAACAAAAGUAUGAAGAAAGAUGGGGUUAUUUACCAAGCUUGAAAAGGCUUUCAAAGAAUAAAGUGAACUGGAUGGAGGUAGUGGGCAUGCGCCUCAGGGUUGCAAAAGAUGUCCAGGAAAUUGUAGAAACCUUGUCAUCACUGUGUUACCCAGACCCAGAAAGCUUUGAGCUUCUUACUCCAAGCUGCCUUAUGGAAAAUCUAUUAGCUCCUGCUAUUCCAUUUUCGGAAUUUGUUGAAGAAGAACUUGAACAACUUGCAUUUAUGAAUUUUUGGCAGUCUGAUGGUUAUGGAAAUCUUACGUUGGCUUAUCAUGCUGAGCGUGCCUUGAGAAAAGUUAGGACAUCCCUGUUAGAAGGCAAGUGGUGGGACUUUCUAGAACAAGAUGCCUCACAAAAAACAUUGUUGGAGGCAACAGUAUUUGUGUCACAGUGGUUGGAAGUUCCAAAUGAUCAUUUUCCGAGCCUACAGAGUAUUAAAGAUUACCUGGGCAAAAUAACCCUAAGAGUGAAGGAACUUAUCGUUGAAAAGCAAAGGUCAUUCUAUUCAUUAAAAGCAAAGUUGUCCCCCAGAGAGAUUUUAACCAUCAUUAACCAUGUAUUGUUCCAUGAAAGUGAACAAUACUUUAUGGAUACCAUUUGGUUAGAUAAAGAGUUCGACUUUCAUGAGCUGCAAAAAAAUAUCUCAAUUGCAAAGGUGCUUGAAAGGAAAAAAGGCUGCACUACAAUUUUAUGCGUCAUUUACCAUGAAGUGGCUAGUAGCAUGGGCAUUCAAUGCGACCUCGUCUAUUGCGAUUCGUUCGUGAUUGACCGAGACAGACUUCUUCUUAGAUGGCAGGAAUAUCCUAAAUACGAAGAUGGAAAAAGAUUCACCUACAUCGAUGUCUGUGAUGAUGGAACUUUGCACCGCCCCGAUCAUCUACGACGUAUCGGUCCACUACGUAAUCAGCAUGAAGAUUCCCAGUAUUAUUUCACCGAUCCCGCUCAACCAGCAGAAAAAGUAGAGUACAUUCUUCAACGAAUGACAGAACCCUAUAUCAGGGACGGGCAGACUGAAUUGUGGCUUGAUCGGCGAUCUCAAACGGUGUCAGAGGUCGCCAGAUUAGCGAGAUUAGCCUGCAUUAUCUCGUCUCUCGUUGGGGAAGCUCCUGAUCUAGUCGUGGAAUAUGCCGAGCAUUGCUUCAAUUAUGGAGUCCAAUUAAGCGACGCCAUUCAUCUUCUAGAGGCAGAAGGGCUUCAAAACCACCCACUUCUGGGCGAAUGCAUCGCCCAAUUAGAGGAGCGUCGAACAGAAAUCGCCGAGUACCAGCAAGUUGUUUCACGUCGAGUGCCGUCAAUUAAAUAUGCAGUUGGUCUCGUCAUGAUGUAUAACUACACAAAUGCCAUGGGUGAAGACCGCAGCGAAAUUUGUGUCAUCACUUCGUGGGAAGUUAAGGGAUUGGAGGAGAAUUAUCUAGGCUCCGUUGGAAAUCUUGAUCAACCGUUUUACCACGUUUUGACUGGGAGCAACGCAGAUCCCAGCGUCGCUUAUGUUCCUGAAGAAAAAUUAGAACUUCUUCCCGAUGCUGGUUCAGUUAUCUUUCAACAUGAUCAACUGGGUUUUCACUUUGAGAGAUUUGACGGUUGCAGGUUUGUACCGAACGCCGGAAAAAGAUGCCGUUUUCCUGACGAUGAGGCCUUUGCCUUGAAUUUGACCAGCAAAUAAUAGUUUGUUUUGUUGUUCGCGUUUAUUGUUUGUUUUUGUCUUAAAUUGCGAUCUCGGUUUGUUUCGACUGUUUCCCCCACUUUACGCGUUACAGAUUUCAAUC